AACAAUUGAGUGACAAAGUGGCCAACCUCUCAUUCCUUCUCUCUCUCUUCUCCAUCAUCAACCCAAAAGAAAAUUAUAUUAUAAAUCCAACAAAAGGUGGUAGCAGAGCGAAGGAAAGAAAGAAAAGUUUCAAUUCAUAUAUACCAGCAAAGAAAAAGAGAAGUUAUUCAAAGAGGGAAAAACAAAAAAAAGAAACUCAGAGAGAAAGCCAUCAAACGCAAAGAAAGGAAAGUAGCUGGAAGCUCGAAUGUUUUGUAGGAAAGGUGAGGGGGGCUAGCUAGACAAGGAAGAAGAGUCUUCUUUGGCUGCUUCUACAACAGCUUUUUUGAAAGAGUCACAGAAUUGGAAUGUUCAUAAGGUGAAGAUACUAAUGCUAGGAACAUGGGAAAGAAAGGGAAUUGGUUUUCCGCAAUCAAAAGGGUGUUUAUACCACACUCCAAGGAGAAAUUAGCCAAUGAACCAGAGAAGAAUAGUACAAAAGAGAAGAAGAAAAAGAAGGGACUAGGAAAGUUGAGGCAUGGAGACACCAAUUCAUUCAUUCCCUUGUUCAGAGAGCCAAGCAGCAUUGAGAAAAUCCUCGAUGAUGCUGAAAGAGAGCAUAAUCUGAUUUUCAGGCCACCGACGCCUCCUGAGCGGCCCCAAACACCUCCUUUCGUGCCUCAAAGAGUUCCUUCCCCAAGGGUUCCUUCCCCAAGGAUUCCCUCUCCUAGAACUUCUUCUCAAAGAGUUGCUUCUCCUAAGGCUGCAUCUCCCAAAGUUGCUUCUCCAAAGGUUGCUUCCCCUAGAGCGGCCUCCCCUAGGAUUGUUCAACACCGUAGUGAGAUUAGCUACAGGCCAGAACCAACCCUAAGGUAUCGCCAUGCUUCGGCUACUAAGAUCCAAGCUGCUUAUAGAGGUUAUACGGCGAGGAGGAGCUUUAGAGCUUUGAAGGGUCUGGUAAGGCUUCAAGGAGUGGUGAGAGGACAGAAUGUGAAGAGGCAAACAUCAAAUGCCAUGAAAUAUAUGCAGCUCUUGGUACGAGUCCAGUCGCAGAUUCAGUUGCGAAGGAUCCAAAUGUUAGAAAACCAAGCACGCAGCCAAUCUCAAUACCGAAAUGAUAAGGAACUGGAGAGUACUUUGGGCAAAUGGAACAUGAGCCAGGCAUCUGAGGCAGGUAAUGAAGACUGGGAUGAUAGCACGCUAACGAAAGAGGAAAUUGAAGCAAGGUUGCAGAGAAAGGUGGAUGCUGUUGUCAAGAGAGAAAGGGCCAUGGCCUACGCAUAUUCGCAUCAGUUGUGGAAGGCUAAUCCGGACUCAAAUCUGAAACCUCUAACGGAAAUCCGAUCUGGUGGAUUCCCAUGGUGGUGGAACUGGUUAGAGCGUCAGUUGCCUCCGGCAAACCCUCCAGAAGGUCAAGCAAUAAAGAACUUUCAACUGACACCUCCAAGGCCACAUUCUGAGCUGAAGCCUAGCCCACGACCGGGGUCAAGCACCAACAAAAACCAGCAUUUUGGGUUCGAAAACAUCGAUGCUACUCCCACGCCGAGAUCAACAAAGUCGACAUUUUUACCUGCAACAAGGCCACCACGGACUCCACCUUCAUACAGGAUUUCACAUAACAGUCCAAGCUUGUCAAAGUACUCAAGAGCAAGAGGCAGUGGAGCAGAUUCUCCAUUCAACUUGCCAAUGAAGGACGACGACAGCCUUACUAGCUGCCCUCCGUUUUCGGUGCCAAAUUACAUGUCUCCUACGGUUUCGGCCAAGGCAAAAGUAAAGGCUAGUCCAAGCAGUAGCAGUACUGAAUCAAAGAGAAGGCUAUCAUUUCCAUUGGCACAAGGCUUUGGGUCUUUCAAAUGGAACAAGUUCUCGAGUAAGGAUUCUGCGAGCUCCCACAAGAUAUUAGACAAGAACCAGUCGCUGCAAUCUAUAGGGAACUUAAGUAUUGAUUCAACAGUUUCUAUGCCUGCUGGUGUUGGAAGAAGGCCAUUUAACAGAUUUGUGUGAUUUUUUUUUCCCUUCUAAUUUUAACAUUUUAUUUGUUUAUUAUUUCCUUUUGGUGUUUUUGUUUUCCUGAUUGUGUAUUUGGUGAUAUAUAUAUAUGGGAUUACACGCAUAGUGAUGUAAAAUAACAAAUAAUAAUACAAUAGUAAAUGAGAGUUUUGAGUGUUACAGGAUUUGAGAUUUGUAAA